UUGUUUUUUCCUGAAUACAGAAUGGGCAACACAAGUAAGAAAUUGGCGGCGAAAUGCACGCUCCUCACAAAGGAAGAACAGAAGUACGUGGCGGCUACGUUCAGAGCCGCCAGCAAAAACUCCGAGAGGAUACGGGAGGAUGAUCUCAUCGUGAGUGGAAAAGUAGAUGCAGUGUCGCUAGAAAAGUUCUGGGGCCCUCAAAUAGAUCCACGUCUCGCGCAGUACCUAACCAACUUUCUGUUUGGUUCGGGACAACAGAAGGUGCCGUCAGUGGACUUUAACAGAUUCGCAGAGCUCUACGUUUAUAAUGUUAGAGGCACCGUAGAUGAAAGGAUGAUGGUGACAUACAACUGUCUAGGAAUGGACUACAACGAGGAAGUGGAGCUUCCUUACCAGCUGUUGAAAGAGUACUGCGAAAGUAUAGCGUCCACCUACAUGAAGAUUGUCAAGUCUUCCUCGUCGAAGAGAGUGCGCACGUGGAUAGAGAAGGGCUUUAGAGUCAGUGCGUCUCACGUCCAAGCCCUGGGGGAAGCCGUGGCGGCGACAGUUGGCGAUCUGGAAUCGCCACAGCAUCACUGUACUGCCGCCCAGCUGUCUAAGUGGCUACAAUCCAAUACAUUACUGAAGCAACUAGCGGAACUUGUUUACGUGAAUCUUUACGGGAUCAACAAAAAGGGCGGCGAUGAAAGUCCUACACCUCUCCCCCCCGGCCGCGCCUUCGCUGCUACCUAUACCUGA